AUGGUGUCUAAAAGCGCGGUUCUACUGCUUUUCCACCUCCUAGAGGGGGUCAGCGCAGACUGGACGACAACUAUCAAAGCCAACCUCACAGUGGCGAACGGUUUCACCCCCGUUAUCGACUUCACCACGGCACCUCCGCCAGGUGCAUCAAGUCCGAGUCUCUCAUCGACUCCUCCAAGCAGUCUUAGUCGAAAGCAGGCUCACCGGGAACAGUUUACUACAACUAUCACGGUACCCGAUGGAAUGAUGCCGGUCAUCCACUACAGCACUAUUUCGUCGACGCAUAGUGCCUCCUCCAACGUUGUACCACCCCCGGACACAGCUUCUCCAGGAAGCACCCAGCCUGCUAGUAAACCUCCUUCAAGUUCAACGCCUUUAAACCGUCCAUCCCCGUCCUCUACUCCUGUGAUAACUCCGGGAAUACCGAGUGUAUCAAAUCCAUCAUCUUCUCUUGUUCAAACACCGCGCUCCUCCGCCCCCAGUCAAUCGGGUAGAUCGAGCUCUAGCGGUGGCCAUUCUAGCUCGGCAACCAGCAGCCCUACUAUACCAGGCCAGAGCGGUUCUGCCUCAAAGACACCAACAACCGGGCCUGCUUCAUCCCCCUCUAAAUCUUCCGGGUCAUCUUCCUUUCUCCAGAGUGGUUCACCCAGCACGGGUCCUCCAGCACCAGGUGGCUCUUUGACUACUGCGCCACCUUCAUCUGGACAAAGUCUAUCCACCCCCAAAGCCUCAUCGACUCCAGCUUCAUCACCAACCGAUGGUUCAAACCCAUCCCAGGGACCUUCGCUGCAACCCUCGUCGGCUUUUCUUUCUUCUGCCCCCGAUAUUAUCUCGCUUACACCAACCGGUAGCAACUCUGCUGCGCAAUCUGCAAUCCUUGAGUUUGGCCCCACAGGUCCUCCAUCAUCGCAGCCCUGGGGAACUCUUACUUCUGUUCCAUCAAGUGCCACUACCGGAACAGCAGCAAUCUCAGAGGCGACAGACAUUGCAAUCUUCUUGAAGGGGCUCUAUAACAAUAUUGAUCAGCUCAAGACCGACCCUGAAAACUACAAAAAGAAUCUCGAAGACGUUGAGAAUAAGUCUGAGGAUUACCUCUCUAAGAUUGGUUAUCCCUCAACCAAGUCCCCUUGCUCUGGCUCCGGCUCUCUGAGAAAGAGGUCUCUGUUCGGUGCUAUUGGAAACAUCGCCUCCAGUGCAGCCAAUGUUGCCAAGGGUGCUGUAGAUACUGCCAAAGACAUUGCAGAGGAUGCGCUCAGCUGUAUCAAGCCUAUUGCUGAUAGCAUGAUCAAGACGAUCCCCGAUGAUGUGUCUAAGUUGACGGAUGACAUUGAGAACACCAUCAAAAAGGGUUCUGAAUAUCUGGUUGAGAUCAGUAACAUCGUGACCGACAUGGAGAACAAGAUCAAGGAUGAUGAGGAAGAUAAAUCAUCAUCUGAAUCUGAAUCCUCAACAUCCUCUUCAUCUACUUGCACGUCAAGCACAACUUUCUCGGACUGCACGACGACCACAAUCUUGAUUUCGACUUUCUCUACCGGAGGAGAUGGCUCGACUACACCGUCAACUAGCACAUCUAGUACGGUCACUUGUACUACCGAAACUGCCUGCAAUGCUUCCCCAACCUCAAUGACUGUCACCACCACUGAAUAUGGUUCCUGCCAACUCAGACAGACAACCAGAAUCGUACCUAGCAAGACGAAGGCUCCUUUGUCGGUUCCUUACGUUCCAAUCACAUCGGGUUCAGUUGGACCGGCAUCCCCUGGAUCUACUGUGAUCGUCUCGACGGCCCCCGCCAGCUCAACAAUAUCCGAAUCAAGCGUUUCGCAAAGCUCCCAGCCCCCGUCCUCAUCUCCCGGUACAAGCAACUCUUCGAAAACACCCUCAGCUUCCGCAUCAAGCUCAUCUCCCUCGAAUUCAUCUCCCUCGAAUACCCCAGGCUCUGGAACAACAUCCACUCCUAGCCCGACGACCACUCCUAGCCCGACAACCACUCCCAGCCCGACGAUCACUCCUAGUCCGACGACAGAGCCAUCGGUUAGCUACUAUAUGUGUUUGAACAAGGGAGGCCCGGAAGUCACCAGCCCUCAUUGUCAAUGCUCAACAUACACAGAAGGGCAAACAUAUUGGGCAACGGCCUCCCUUAUCUCCGGGGCUUGCUACCAGUACACAAGCUUUCCAUCCAAGAUCACUCUGACGCCAACUUUCACUCCCACAACAGCAACAGCAACACCCGUGCCUUUUGUCACCACCGAAGCAAAUGGCGAAAUACUCUCCUAUCCGUCCCAAAUCUUUACAGAUUUUGCCACGGAGGGCGCGGGCACACCCGUGACACUGCAGACUCCUUCUCCAAGCCAGACCAGCAGUAAUGACAAAGGUUCAGCCCAAUGUCAUAGUGUUGACGAUGCCUGCGAUAGAGCUUCUGAGCAGUAUGUAGAUGACACGGUCUACUCAUCCUAUACAUCCUACACGGCCAAUAUAAAAAGCGGCAUCAUCGUGGCGGCAACUUUUGGCCAAGCCGGAUGUGCGGCCAUGUUUACUUGCGACAAUGACGAUUAUGGGUUUGGCAUGACUGGACGCCAGAUCAAGGCUGCGUAA